CCCGCCUUAAAGGGGGCGGGGCUCGGCUUGCAACGCUUAUAAACAAGGAUGUAGUGGGAGGAGACGGAAACUUGGGCAGUUCCUUUGCGCUGGAGAGCGAUGAGUCGCAAGGCGAGCACCAUUUCACCGUCGCCAGUGUAAAAAAAAAACGCAAGAAAAAGAAGGAGGAGGAAAAAAAAGAAAAGGCACCAACACCGAGAUCCCGCAGAACCGGAAAACAUGUCUGACAACCUGAAAGAGAAAAAGACGGGAGUUCUUCAGUGUGACAUGUGCCCAGCUGACCAUCCGUCACCAGCACGGAAGACCUGCAUGAAGUGUGAGAUCUCCAUGUGCGUCCAACACCUGCAGGCCCACCUGACCACCCCGGUGCUGCUGCAGACGCACCCUCUGACCGAGCCCAUCGCCCUGGCGGGGGACGCCGGCACCAAAUGUCCCCAACACGGCAAGCUGUUGGAGUACUACUGUUUGGACGACCUGGUCAACGUGUGCGUGUCCUGCGCCAUCGAGGGCCAGCACCGCCUGCAUGACAUGAAAACCCUCCCCACGGCUCACGAGGAGCUGCUGCAGCGGCUGGCCACCGAGCAGAAGGCCUUGGCCAAUACCGAGAAAGGGAAACUGAGCCUGGAGACGUGGGACAGGAGCGAAAGAGACAAGCUGCAGCGUUCUGCCACGCGUCUCAUUGAGGCCGUGUCGAGCCUGCGCGACCUCGCCCAGACCCGAGUCCAGAGCUCUGUCGCCGCCCGCCUGCUGGCCAUCAAAACCGCCAAGAGCAGCGUGGAGGCGGCGAAAAGGGAGGAGGACGCCUUCCGUUUCCUCCAGCUCUACUCUCAGGUGUAUCAGGAUGUGCAAAAGGCCAAAGCGGUGGAUCUGGGGAACGGGUUAGAGCCCGGCAGCGAGCGCAACAAACUGCUCCGGGAGUUGCAGCAAGGUGGCCAAACGAUGAUACAGCAGGCGACCCAGCUGCUGGACUCCACGCUGACUUUGGUCAACCCGAAAAACCCGACGAGCAACCAGGACGCCCCCGAUUUCAACUCGCAGCUGACCUUUGACCCGCAGAGUUUGGCAGCGCCCGUGUCGCUGUCCAAAGACCGCAAGAAAGUUUUCUGCCACAGCUGGGAGGGCAACUUCCCGAACUGCAACGUUCUCAUCCAGAUGCCCCACACCGAUUCCGACACCAUCAGAUGGACGCUCAGCCUCCCGAUGCAGUUUGACUGGACCAUCGGUUUAUGUGCCAAAAACGUCACAGGUUACCUCGCAAAUAAUCUCUCAUAUAUUCAAACACACGGAGACAUCAGCGCCCUGGGCUGGCUGGGUAACCAGCUUACUCCUGUCAUGUCGUCCCACACGUCGUCCCAGACGAGGCUGGCUUGCGCAAGCGACGCGUGCCGGCCCCAAAAGGUGGAAGUUGUGUGGAACGUUUCCAAGGCCUCGUUGUCCUUCCUCAACCAGUGCGACAGGACGGAGAUACUGAAAAUCCCGUUGCGCAGCCCCAGCCGAGAGUACGCUCCCUUUCUCAAGGUGGACGACAGUGCCCACAGUAAUGCGUUCACUUCCGGUUUUGGCUUUCCACGGCAGAACAGGUGCCGGUGUGGCAGAUCCCGUUCAGCUGGUGCCUUUGGUAAUAACUACUGCAGCUGUGGUCAAAUGACUGACAAAUUCCGCACCACCGAGCUUCUUUGCGAACUUCUGUAACUGACGAGCAGGUCAGAGCCAAGCGCCGCAGUCAAGACGACGCUGCCAAAAGUCGACCGCGUCCACAUUAUAUCCGCACGGCGGCCAAGUCUAGUCUGCGCAUGCGUGCCCGCACGGCCGCGUUUUAUCCAGCCAGCUGUUUUGCUAGAUGGCAAUCCCCCCCCCCCCGCAAUUGUUGGCCUUCUCGUCCAUGGCACUGUGUUUUGUGUUAAACUUGCUGUUUCAUGACUGUGCGGCCCUGUUUUGGGGACAAUCUCAAAUUCACCAUAACAUUCGCAAGUGUUGUCGCAGCUCAUCUUAAGGUGGUUCCUGAACUUUGGUCCGGAUCACAACACCGGCUCUGGGACUUCCUCAAUUCCUGGCUACAUUUUGUUUUGCAUAGCUUCUUUCCCUUCUCCCCCCCCCCCCUCUAUGCAGGUCCCUUAAGGGGGCUGUGGGAUUUUUGUGUGCCAAGUCCUUGUUUUUUUCCAUGUCACGUGAAGCGAGAGGAAGUGAGCUGAACAAUGUCAACAUGGGACUUUAAGUCAAAUAUUAUGUACGACUAUGUCAAGAAUAGAGAAGACGGGGAAACGUGGAGCCUUAAAAGAAAAUGUAGGGACAUUUAAACUGCAUAUUUACCUGCUGUAUAUAGAAAGGGGCCGUGUUUUUGGCCAGAUGUGCCCCGCCGCUGCCACCCACACAGUUCAGUGAGUCGCAGGUUUUGCUGUGGUUGACGUUGCAGUGGGAAAAGUCACACUACACAGAGAAAAGACACUUCAGAGACGGGGCAACAGGAAGGCCGAUGUGAAAACUGGUCCAUAGCGAACGUUUAAUACAGAUCAGUGGAAGUGUGCCUGUUCAAUUCUGACCAAAUAAAAACGAGAGUAAAACAAA